AUAAGCCCAAAAUGAAUCAGCCCAGUCCAAUCAAAGCAAACCGUUCCGGGCCUGGGCCCAAAAAACUGUAUAAUCAGGCCGGCCCGAUAUCUGAUUCCAAACCAAAAGCGAGUACGCGAGCAUUUCAGUCAUAGCUCAGUGAGGCUCUCGAAAUCGGAGCACCAAAAUCUGGAAAUGAAAGGAGAGCAAACCCAACCGGAGUUUCACCACUCAAAUAGCGGCGGCUCCGGCAGCCGGCGAACUCGUUCUCAGGUAGCACCGGACUGGACCGAAACGGAUUUACUCAUCCUGGUGAACGAGGUCACCGCCGUCGAAGCCGAUUGCCGGAAAGAGUUCUCGUCCUUCCAGAAAUGGAAGAUCGUCGCGCAAAACUGCACCGCUCUGGGCGUGCCUCGGUCUCUGGACCAGUACCGCCGCAAGUGGGAGGCGCUGCUCCACGACUACAAGAUCAUCGACCACUGGAAUUCACAGUCGAGAGCUUCUGCUUCGUACUGGGCUCUGGAGAGUGAUAGGAGGAAGCAGUUUGGGCUUCCGCGGAGUUUCGAUCACGAGCUUUUCAAAGCCAUUGGCGGCUAUGAGAAGGUGCGGGAGAAUCAGUCGGAUACGGAGGAAGGUGAGGCUGAGGCUGACGUGGCUGAUGAAUAUGAAGAAGCUGUGGAACCAGAGUCCAAGAGGAGAAGGCGACCGUCAACGCAGCAGAAAUGGAGUCCAAUUCAAAAUCCAGCAAGGAGGUCUAUGGUUAAAAAGCCUGUACAGAAACCUCAUCAGACUCGUGCAGAAGAAAGGCAUGUACAAAAACCUCGCCAUUCUCAUGCCGCAGAAAAGCCUGUACAAAAGGCUUGUCAAACGCAUGUGGAGGAUAAGUCUGUACAAAAGACUCGUCCAAUGCGUGUAGAAGAAAAGACCAUUGUAAAGCCAGUUCAAACCCAUGUGGCGGAAAAGCCUGGCGAGACCCAUGCAGAAGAAAAGCCUCGCCAGACCCAUGAGGAAGGAGAACCUGUUGAAAAGGCUCGCCAAACUCAUGCACAAGAGAAGCCUGUAGAAAAGCCUCCCCAAACUCAUGCAAAAGAAAAGCCUCACCAAACCCAUGAGGAAGAGUCUUACCAAAUUAAUGCGGAAGGAAAGCCUGUAAAAAAUCCUCCCAAAAUCCAGGCAGAAGAAAAUGUAGUAGGUAAGUCUUGCCAAAGUCAUGUGGAAGGGAAGCCUGUAGAAAAGCCUCACCAAACCCAUGCAGAAGAAAAGCAUGUGGAAAGCUGCCUAGAAGCAAUUCCUAUGGAGAACUUGGCAGAAGAAAAGCCUCACCAAACCCAUUCACAAGAAAAGCCGGUGGGAAGCUGCUUAGAUGCUAUUCCUACGAAGAUGGCAGAAGAAGUGCCUCAGAAAAGCUGUGUGAAGAAAAAACAUAAGGCCUCAGAAGAACAGCCUGGGGGAAGCUGCUUAGAAGUCAUUCCUAUGAAGAGCAUGGCAGAAAAAAAGACUCUGAAAAGCAGUCUGAAGAGGAAGCAACAAAGUACUCAAAUGGAAGAGAAGAUAACGGGCAUUGAAGAACAGAAGCAAAUCAUGGCUAUGAAGUUGCAGUGGAGUGCAGAACUCAUCCGUGCUAUUGUCACCGAGAAUGCAGACCAUGAGGCUGCUGAUGAGAAGAGCAUGAAGGACCUCCAAGCUGAUUUAGUUAGGCGUCAAGGGGACCAGGUUAUCGCAUGCCUGGCAGAUAUUGUGAAGACUCUUAACCAGGUUCAUCGUCUUGUCCAGGAACGUAAAUAGUCUUUCUUGAUCUCUUAUAUUUUUUUUAUUUUUUUUUUUGGGCUAACUGAAUGUGAAUAUUUUAAUGGUUUUGACGCCCUAAAUUGGUCGUGUAAAAUGCUAAUUUAUCAUUGGUUGUAGCUUUUGCUUUGUGGUGUGAGUGUGACUGUCAUCCUAGUAAAGGAAGGCGUAUGAGAUUGUUUACAAAAAUGUGUGAUUUUCUUAGUGCUC